CGCGAGUCCGCGACGCGCCUUUGACAAGAGCGGCCGUGCCCGCGUACUAACAUUAAGGUUAGUCAACUAAACCAUGUCUGCGAGCUUCGUGGGGUCUACCAAGAGCUUCCCCUUCUCUUUCGACACGGAUGUUGAGGAGGAGGAGUCGGGGAGAACGACUCCUCAUUUGAAUAAACGUACAGGCAGCGAGAGCCCGACAGCUGCAGUAGGGGCGGAGGCUCCCCGCGAGCUGCCCAAUGAAUUGUCAGCGCCCUACGAGGUGCCGCAGUUCCCCAUCGAGCAGAUCGAGAAGAAGCUGCUCAUUCAGAGACAGCUCAAUGUCAAGGCUGCAGAAUGUGGUCAAUCAGUCCGUUCGUUCGGCGGCAGCGAGGCGGGAGCCCUGCUGGAGGAGCGCAGGGACGACUUCGAACACGACAUGGUCAUGCCGCACUUCCAGCGCGUCGCCAUCAGCGGGGAAGACACGUCUGGGGUACCCUUGGAAGACUUGCAACAAGCCUCCUCGUACCUGGUGCAGGCACUAGAUAUCCGCAAGCGCUACAUGGAGAUGUCACAUCAGAGCUUCUGCACCAUCACUGCGCGGUUCCUGCGCAACAUGGACCCUGACGCUCCCGCCAACCACGCGCCCUACACCAAGGGUCCUAGUGGACAUAUAGCAGAUCACGUAGUCCACCCACCGUUCAGGGACAAGGAUCCCUGGGAAUGCCACAUGCCCGAGCCGAAGGACUACACCAUACGCUCCGACCGCGGCAUCUUCAACCUGUACACUAAGUCUGCAGAGGGCCAGGAGACCCGAGUACCUUACGAGUACAUACCACUGUCGGAGUUCAUUCAGGACAUGAAUACUAUGUGCAACAUGAUGGCGGAUGGACCGCUGAAGUCCUUCUGCUACCGGCGACUGUCCUACCUGUCGUCUAAGUUUCAGCUGCAUGUGCUGCUCAACGAGCUGCGGGAGCUAGCUUCACAAAAGGCUGUGCCACAUCGCGACUUCUACAACAUCAGAAAAGUGGACACCCACAUCCACGCAGCAUCCUGCAUGAACCAGAAGCAUUUACUUCGUUUCAUCAAGAAGACCCUCAAGAAUCACGCAGACGAGGUGGUUACGCUGCAUAAGGGCGUGCCCAUGACCCUCAAGGCCGUGUUCCAGUCCAUGAACCUUAGUACUUAUGACUUGACUGUGGAUAUGCUGGAUGUGCAUGCGGACCGCAACACGUUCCACCGAUUUGACAAGUUCAAUGCCAAAUACAACCCCAUCGGCGAGUCACGGCUGCGAGAAGUGUUCCUCAAGACCGAUAACCACAUGAACGGAAAAUACUUCGCUAGGAUUAUAAAGGAAGUAGCCUCAGACUUAGAGGAGAGUAAAUACCAAAAUGCGGAGCUACGUCUAUCCAUUUACGGCAAGAGCCCGAGCGAGUGGGCCAAGCUGGCCAACUGGGCCAUCCAGUACGACGUGCAUUCCAACAACGUGCGGUGGCUCAUCCAGAUACCUAGGCUUUACGAUAUUUUCAAAUCGAACAAGAUCAUGAACAACUUCCAAGAGCUCCUCACUAAUAUUUUCCUGCCAUUAUUCGAAGUCACCAAGGACCCCAAUAGUAACAUAGAGCUGCACAAAUUUCUAACGCACGUGGUCGGCUUCGACAGCGUGGACGACGAGUCAAAGCCCGAGAACCCGAUCCUGGACCCCGAAGUCCGUGCACCAGGCGACUGGGACGACGAGGAGAACCCUCCCUACGCCUACUACCUUUACUACAUGUACGCCAACAUCACCGUGCUCAACCACUUCCGCAAGGAACAAGGGCUGAACACGUUCGUUCUCCGUCCCCAUUGUGGCGAGGCUGGUCCCGUGCAGCAUCUCGUCUGCGGGUUCAUGUUUGCUGAGAACAUCUCCCAUGGACUGCUGCUUAGGAAGGUUCCAGUACUGCAAUACCUUUACUACCUGACACAGAUCGCAAUAGCAAUGUCUCCGCUCAGCAACAAUUCCCUCUUCUUGAAUUAUCAUCGCAACCCGCUGCCGGAGUUCCUGGCCAGAGGACUCGCUAUCACGCUCAGCACUGAUGACCCGCUGCAGUUCCACUUCACCAAGGAACCGCUUAUGGAAGAGUACAGCAUCGCGACGCAAGUGUGGAAACUGUCUUCCUGCGACAUGUGCGAGCUGGCGCGCAACUCCGUGCUCAUGUCCGGCUUCCCCCAUGAGAUGAAGCAGUACUGGCUGGGGCCCAACUACAUGAAGGAGGGCGUGGCUGGCAACGACAUCACGCGCACCAACGUGCCCGACAUCCGCAUCUCCUUCCGCUACGAGGCGCUGCUGGACGAGCUCACCAACAUCUUCAAGGAAGGGAUGUCGACCCGCCAGAUGAGCGCCGCGUCUCGCUCACGGCGAACUGUCACUGAACCGGGCCCUGAAAACCACAUUGGCAAAUAAAUCCCGGCACUCUUUGUAUAGGGGGUUGCCACCUUUUUUUGAUGUAGUAUUUUCCAAAACUAGGUGUAAGAAACGUAGUACACCGAAAAAUUCAGUUAUGCUAUGUCGUAACAUCGUAUUUACUCUUUCUAUAAUUUUUUUCCUGUAAAUCAAGCUAAAAUAUACCUAGUAAUGUAUAUGGGUGGCAACCUGUCGAUACCAAAUGGUCAUACACAGGUUUAAGUUCUAAAUUCCUCACUUACAAGGCACCUGAUGCCACGCAGCUUAAUAAUAAAAUUAUUGCUGCCACGCGUCUUGUCAUACAUAUGUCGCAGGCAUUUUGUAAGAAUCCGCCGUUUACAAACGGCGCCGUCAUACUAUAAACGCGAAGCGGUUUACAAAUUGCCGAAGGCUAUUUGUAAAAAGUCGCCGCCGUUUGUAAACGGCGGAUUCUUACAAAAUGCCUGCGACAUAUUCACUUUAUGUUAGGCUACUAACGUCUAGAGUCUAGAACCUAUGUACAGAUUGAAUUUUUCGGCAGCAAAAUAAUUAUUACGUUCGUUCGCCUGUAUAUGACCUCAAUAAAAAAUAUAAAAAUUAAUAAAAACGUUGUAAAGAGUUUGAUGACUCUUAAUAAUUAAGAUUAAAUCAUGUUUUAUUGUAGUGGUUAGGUAUUACCAUUUUGUAGGUAUCUUUUGUUUUACUAUUUAAAAAUGAUGAUAGGCAAUCUUUGCCCCAAAAAAAAGUGUAAUGUUAAUGUGAUAAAGAGUUCCCCAGCAUGUGAUAACUAGGUGAAUAUAAAUGAAAGUGCCAUUACAUUCCUUGUUGAAGUUUCAAGUUUCCUCUAUUGGUGGAUCAGUAGAAUAGGAAUUCUAGCACGAACGUUGUGAAAAAAUACGGACUAUUUUAUUUAUCUGUAGGUCUACGCAUGAAAAUAUUGAAAAGUUGGCAUUUAGCAGUUAAUACCGUUGCUUUUAUUUUAUGCUUGUUAUGUGACCCAAUAUGAGUAGGUAGUACUAAAUUGAAUUUUAUUGUGGUUUCGUGCAAGAAUUCUUGUGUCCUAUCCUAAUUCAUUAUCCUUUUAUCUAAUUACUAAUUAGGUAGAAGUAGACAAGCUUUGUAUCUAGAGGACUAUACUUAUUCCAAAUCUAUCUCUCUAUUAUUUUUACUUACUUAUAAGAAGAACAUUAUUAAAUUCUCUCAUACUUUGACUGCUCCUUUCCACGUUAGUCCCGUAUACAAUAAAAGAGAGUUUUUCUAAACGAAAUCAAUUUUAAUAAUCCCUAAAUAUCGUUUUGAAUAAAAAAAUUACGUAUAAACGCGGGCAGGCGAUUGUGUUUAAAGUCAUGAUCAAUUCUAUGUAUAGGCAAUGUUUAACGUUAACAGAUCUAUAGUCGCAUUCAUAGUCUAUCAUGGCAAACAUAGUAAUGACCACAUUGCGUCAUUAUCACAUACUUUUUAACAAACACAUACUUUGUUACGGAUAUUGUACUUGGUUUUUUACUAAUUAUUUAAUGCUAAUAAUUGUUAACCUAUUAUUAAUUCCAUCCCAAGGUGCUCGCCUAACUGACCUCAUAUCAUAACUACAUUACUAUGUAAUCCUACUCACACCAGCUGAUCUCAUCCCACUCUGAUGUCGUGUUUUGACUACCUAUUUUACUCCUAUUUUCUCUCAAAUGUUGUCAAAGUUAUUUAUAUUGCUGAGAUUAUUUGAUAUGUCUGGUAGUUUAUGACAAUAAUUGAUCGUAUUUGGGGAUAACAUUUGAGGUUUAGCUGACAGUAAACACCACCCACCACCACCAACAACCCACCACCGACAAGAGCCAUGCUCUUAAAUUAUGAUGAUGAUGAUGACAGUAAAAGCAGAAAUUCAAAUAAUUUCAAGUAAUAUAUGGUAUAAUGGAUUAAAUCAGGUUGUGUGUGAGGUACGAUAGGUUGUUGUCUUUUUUGUUGUUCACAUUGUGUACAAUACAACUAGGAACUCAGAAGAAAAUCUGAUCACAAGCGUAAUAUGGGUGUCUCCGAUUUUUUUAGCUAAAAGUAAUUAUAUUAUGUAUGUCGCAGGCAAAUUGUAAGAAUCCGCCGUUUACAAACGACGUCGUCAAUUUACAAACGUUUCCACGUUUGCCACGGUUAAAGAACUAAUUCGACCAAAAUGCCGCUGCAAAUUAUAAACGGCGCUGUUAAUGUCAUAAGGUAUUUUACAAAAUGCGGAAGUUUGUAAAUUGACGACGCCGUUUGUAAACGGCGGAUUCUUACAAAAUGCCUGCGACAUGUAUAUUUUAUAGGCGUAUUAAGCAGUGACAGGAUCUAAGUCAAUCUCAAAUUUCAAAUGUUGUGGAGUAUUGUGAUGAAUUUAUAUAUUUAUACAUGUGCAAUCUGCAAAUGUAUAAAUGCAUCACACUACUCCUUUUAAGAUGUCAAUACAACGAGUUUUCUCUCCAACUUUGUCAUUGUGAUCAAAUUUUAUACUUUGCGGCUGCUGCGGUGGCUACAAUAAUGUAUUGAGCUUUAUUUGGUUGUGUUAAAGUCGCUUAUUGUUUGUCUGUCCACGUUUGGGUAAAAGCCAAGAAAAACACCUUUUGAUGGGCAUUUAUAUCGUCAUCGACUAUAUUUAAGUCCUUUAAACUUAAAA